AUGUCGCAUAUGAACAUUGCCGGCACGCAGCCAGUGGACGACCCCGAGUACCGCUAUAAGAUGCCGCGCCUGCUGGCGAAGAUUGAAGGUCGCGGCAACGGGAUCAAGACGCUGGUCGUUAACUGUGCGGACAUUGCAGCGUCGCUUCACCGCUCGACAGCUGAAGUGUGCAAGUUUUUUGGCUGUGAGCUCGGCGCCCAGUCCAAGUACGACGACAAGACGGACCGUGCCAUUGUGAACGGCGCGUUUGAAGCGGGUAUGAUGCAGCAGCAUUUGCUCAAGUACAUUGAAGGGUUCGUGCUGUGUCCUGCUUGUCGGUUGCCUGAGACCAAGUACAAGUUCAAGGGUCAGCUCAUUUUCCACAAGUGUUAUGCGUGUGGCGCUGUCGAGCCGGUGGACAUGAACCACAAGCUCACGACUUUUAUCUUCAAGGAGCACACGGCUGCCAAGCGCAGUAGCAAGGACGACAAGAAGACGAAGAAGGACAAGAAGGACAAGAAGGAAAAGAAGAGCAAAAAGUCACCGGACGAACCGGAAGACGAAUCCGGCUCGAAGGAAAAGAAGGAGAAGAAGGAGAAGAAGGAAAAGAAGGACAAGAAGGACAAGAAGGACAAGAAGGACAAGAAAGAGAAGAAGGACAAGAAGAAGAAGCCGUCAGGUGCCGACGAGGACGACGAGGUAGUGUGGCACACAGAUCUGUCGGCUGAGGCUGUGGCAGCUCGUGCUGCGGAGGCGGAGGCUAUCGAAGCUGCGGCUGCUGCGGCCAUGCAAGCUGCAGCUGCCGAAGAAGUUGUGGCAACGCUGGACAACCUUGAGGUGGACGACGAGAACGCUCUGGACUCGGCCAUUUCGAACCUGCAGCGCUUUCUUUCGGAGAACCACUCGGAAGCGGAAGUUUUCGAGGAACUAUGCCGCCAGCAGACUUAUUCAGCUCUGCCCAUCACGGACCGUCUUGUGAUCUUCUUUCGCUCUGCAUUCACCGAGCAGGUCCUGACAAUGAACCAGGUGGCGAAGUACGCGCCCGUGCUCGAGCAAGUUAUUGACAGCCAGCACGCGCAAUACCAGUUGCUUGCGCUCGUCGAGCAUUUUUGUGCCGUCGAGCACUCUACUUUGCUGACGUCGUUCCCGCUUCUCCUGAAGCUGCUCUACGACGAGGACUUGCUGGAGGAAGAGUGUCUCGUGACUUGGGCGAACAACGGUGUGCGUAAGGAAUACGCGCACUGGGCCGUUACGGAUGAACUUGCUGCGAAGCUGAAGGCCCUGAUGGGGCCUUUUGUCGAGUGGCUCGAGAACGCUGAAGAGGAGAGCGGAGAUGAGAGCGACGACUGA